AUGGACAGGGAGAAAGCUCAAGGAGGUCCGAAUGCAAAUGAACCGAACCAAUCGGGGGAUUUGCCAUCUGCCUCUGACGAAAGGCUCGAAGCAGGGCUCAAGGAGACGACAGAGACCGACUCAGGGGACUGGGACGAUGAUCCUGAGAAUCCAUACAACUGGCCAGUGAGGACGAAGGUCCUGCAAGUUUUGAUGCUUGCUUCUGCAGCUUUCACAACAUCUGUUGGCGUGUCUAUAUUGUCGCCCGCUCACUCUCAGUUCAUGGAAGAUUUUGGAGUCAGCAGUACUGUUGCGAUCUUACCAUUAUCUCUCUAUGUGCUUGCUCUGGGCCUUGGCCCUGUAAUUGGAGGGCCGCUAUCAGAGACCGUCGGGAGGUAUCCAGUCUAUAUAGGCACAAUGACUCUUGGGACGUUGUUCACAUUGGGAGUCGGAUUCAGUCGCACGUUCACAUCACUGUGCAUCUUGCGGUUUUUUGCGGGCUUAUCUUACGCACCCUGUUUGGCCAUUGCUGCAGGGACUAUCAACGAAACCUUCAAACCAACCAGCCGCGCUAUCCCGUCCACUAUCUUCAUUUUAACACCAUUUCUGGGUCCUGGUAUCGGACCCAUCAUUGGGAGCUUCGUUGUUGAUAGAAAAGGCUGGCGCUGGACCCAGUGGACCUUGAUCUUCUUCGCUAUCUUCACCAUGAUCAACAUUGCCCUCUUCGCAAAGGAGACAUUUCAUCCCGUCUUAAAACACCGUCGCGCCAAAAGACUCGGGCUAGACUUGCCUCCAUCGUCACCAUUGUCCUCAAAGAUACGACUUUUCGUGACAAUAGCUCUCGUUCGCCCUAUUCUCAUGCUUUUGACUGAACCAAUUGUUGCUUUCAUCUGCCUCUAUGUGGCAUGCGAAUUUGCAACACUCUUUUCGUUCUUCGCCGCCAUCCCGUUCGUCUUCGAAAGCGUUUAUGGCUUUAGCCUCGAGGACUCCGGUCUUGCGUUCUUGGCUAUAGUUAUAGGGUGUUUACUAGGCAGCUUAACAGUGCUAUUGUGCGAUGUGUUCUUAUAUCGCCGCCAGGCCGGAAAUUAUCCGCCACAAAAAAUUCCUCCCGAGUACCGUCUCUAUCCAGCUCUACUAGGCAGCGUCGGUCUGCCCAUUGGCCUGUUCUGGUUUGGAUGGACUUCUCGGAUCGAGAUCUCCUGGGCAAGCCCUAAUGUCGCAAUCAUGCUUUUUGCAUGGGGAAACCUAUGUGUGUUUGUCAGUACGACUCAGUAUAUGGUGGAUACCUACCACGGUCUCACGGUUGCAAGCGCCAUGAGUGCGAACAGCCUGGCCAGAUACGGACUUGCGGCUGCAUUUCCUCUGUUUACUAUUCAAAUGUAUAAUAACCUCGGCAUUGGUUGGGCUACAAAUGUGCUUGGAUUCAUUGCUGUUGCAUUAUUACCUGUUCCCUGGGUCCUUUUCCGAGCCGGAAGGAAACUGAGAUCGCUGAGUAGAUAUCAAACUGCUGAUUUUGACUAG